UUGUCGUCUGUAUGGUCUUUUCAACGUUGUAUUCACAUGGAAUCAACGUGCGAAAGUUUCGUUGUCCAGGAAUCAAAUGCGCAGAUCGCUGACUGACAAAAGUAAAUGCACGGUUGGAGUAGAAAAUGGCAAUUGACAUGUGGUUCUGAGAAGACACUCCGCUUAUACCUUCUGUCUACGACGCAGUACGGAUCAUCCCCCCACCGCCUCAUACAUCGCUAUAGAUAUUUCCUACUUUCCCAAAUUCCUUUGUUUAUGCCCCCGUAGCUCCACCAUUUGUGCUGCUAGAGGGAACACCUACAACUGGAGAAAGAAGAGGAAAAUCCAUUUCCAUGGGUAUCUUCAGCUUCGAAGCUCGGUAUCUUGAUUCUUGCAAGAGGCAUGAGGUGCUGCCCAACUCUGCAGUGUUGUCCUGGUUUUCUAAGGCCAAGAUCCAAAACUCCAACUAUGCAAAAUGUAGCAUAGUGAUUUCAUUAGACCAGCUAAAAGAUGCUGAUAUAUCCUCACUGAUUGAUGUCUUUAUGGCAACCGACUCCUCUGAGAUUGAUGCAGUUGACAUACUUCAUGAAUCACAUUGUGUCUUGAGUAAAGAAAACGUUACAGCUUUGAUGAAUGUGAUCGAUCAAAAGCUCCGUAUCGUCGAUUUCCUGGAUAUGUCAUUGGGGAAGGACGUUUUAUGGGAUAUCUGCCAGUAUGGCUUGGCCUGUGAAGUCUUGAAUUUGAGGUCUCUCCAUAUCGAAAAACUCGACAUGGUUGGAGUAUUUAUGCGGUUACACACCCUUAAUCUGGAUUUUUGUACUUCCCUCUCUGGUUUACAGAAGGACUGUUUUUCUUGCAUGCCAUAUCUGAUGCGCCUCUCAAUGUGUGAAACGAGAGUUGCUAAUCUCUGGACAACUGCUGCUGCCCUGUCAAAACUUCCUUCUUUGGUGGAACUGCGGUUUCAAAAUUGUUUACGUUGCAAGGACACUGGACCAUGUCCUGCAUUGUCUGGUGAUAAAGCUAGGAUUCAUAUUCCUGAGAGAACUCCCUUGAUUAUGGGUCAUUACAACGAGGUACCGUCUACUGAUACUGGAGAUGCUGCAUGUCAUGUUUUGUGCACAAAAGAAACAGGCAGAGACCUACUCUGUCUUGAUGAUUCAAAAAUAAAUUGUGAGAUCCACAGCAUGACUGAUAAUUUUUCAGAGAAAAGUGAAGUAAAACUUUCAAGUUACCUGAAAGAAAUGUGUUUGUUAGAAGUAUCUGCUACCCUUCCUGAUUUGAAUGGACAGGCCAAAGUGGAGAGUGAGAUUCAAGACAACGGUGAGUUUGCUAGGAGUUUUCAAAAGCAACACCUGACAAAUGGCACUAUGACAACCACCUAUGAUUCUCAUCAUCCGUCACCCAUAUGCUUUGAGAAAAAUUAUAGAGACUACAUCAUUUCUUCAUUGCCUCAUUUAGAAGUUUUAGAUAAUGUCCCUAUCAGAAAGGUGGACAGGGAAUUGGCCAAGGGUAUCUGUUCAAAAUACUAUGAGCAGUUACCUUACAGACGGCGGCACAAGGAAAGUGUUGUUCAUGUUUUGGAUAAUCGUGAAAUGAGAACGAGUGGCAUUUACUUCCAAAAACCUUUCAAGCCAAAACUCCUAUAUCCUUACAGAAAUGGUCAACAUUUUUUCUUGAGGUCCCUUAGUGCUGCCAAACUUGGGUCUUCUGCUUGGCCGCUGUUACAUUCAGUGUCUAACUUUAGCCACAUACUUAAAGAAGAAAGCAAAAGGCUUCGUCCAAGGCAGUUUGAGUAUAAUCCAUCCAACUCCAGUCUUAUGGCUUUUGGAACUCUGGAUGGCGAAGUGGUUGUUAUCAACCAUGAAAGUGGAAAACUUGUUAGUUAUAUCCCAUCCACUGGAGCAAUGAACAGCGUAUUGGGGUUGUGUUGGCUCAAGAAGCAUCCAUCCAAGCUUGUUGCCGGUUCUGACAAUGGUUCCUUGAGGUUGUUUGACAUCAAUCAUAUGCCACCAAAAGUUACAGAAACCUGUUGCCGUUCUGCUACAGUAACUUUUGAUGAUUUUGAGCAAUUGACUUCCCUUCAUGUCAACUCGACGGAUGAUCAGUUUCUUGCCAGCGGGUACACAAAAAAUGUUGCUCUAUAUGACAUAUGCAGUGGAAAACGUUUGCAAUUGUUCACUGACAUGCAUCGAGAACCAAUUAAUGUGGUUAAGUUUGCACACCAUUCCCCCUUUCUAUUUGCUACUUCAUCAUUUGACCGUGAUGUCAAGAUGUGGGAUUUGAGACAGAACCCAGUGCGGCCUUGCUAUACAGCUUCAAGCUCUAGAGGAAAUGUGAUGCUUUGCUUUUCUCCUGAUGACCUCUAUUUGCUUGUUUCGGCUGUUGACAAUGAGGUUAAACAAAUUCUGGCAGCUGACGGGAGGCUAUGCAUAAAUUUUGAGAUUGCUUCAAGCGGAAGUGCUCAUAAUUAUACACGUUCCUAUUACAUAAAUGGACGGGACUAUAUUAUCAGUGGGAGUUGUGAUGAACAUGUUGUCCGCAUAUGCUGUGCUCAAACUGGAAGACGACUCAGGGAUGUCCAUUUAGAGGAUAACAACUCAGGAAAAUCUAUGUUUGUGCAGUCCUUGAGGGGCGAUCCGUUUAGGGAAUUUCACAUGAGUGUCUUAGCAGCCUCUAGGCAAACAAGCUCAAAAUGGGAGAUCAUAAAGGUCAACUUGCUUGCUUCCAGUCACUAUGCUGAAGAAUCUUCUUCCAAACAACGUUGUGGUCCUUCCUACGAUUUCGGAGGAUGAUGUAUCAACCUUUCUCACACGGUAUUUGUACAUAAUGCAGGUGCAUAUGCCUAUAUGCUUGGGAGUUUUGGGUUAAUGCUUGAAAGAAGUCUGCUCUAAAAUUGUUGGUGUGGCCGUGCUUCCUUGCGAGCUUUUGUAUGUUCUUGUUCCUCUAGCCAGCAUACUCGGCGGCUGAAUUCAGUGUUGUAAAUCUCAUUAAACUCUUGUUUCAGUCAUAAGUUUCACGCUAGAAAAUAAAAAAUUAGAUGAAGUUUGACGGUUU